GCCGGACCAUGCUAGGCUUUUCUAAAAUUUUCUCGAGGUUUAGCGAAGUUGUUCCUAGAUGAAAGGGCCUUGGCGGUCUUUUUUUCCACUAAACUCUCCUUUCUUCCGCGGGGAGAAGACCUAUCCGGAGAGCGUGGGGAAAGCCAACCAUGGCUUACGUAGAGAACGGUGUUGUGAAACAAAAGCGGACUGUUUGGAGGUUGAGCAUAAUAUCAGAUUUCUUCUGGGCCAUUGUGAACUUCAUUGUGGUGUUCUUUGUAACAAUGUUCUCAAUGGAAAAAUCAAAUGAAUACAAGAAAGAGUCAGGCUCUAGUAAGAAAUGGGAUGGUGGUCCUGGUGGAGGCCCGGGAGGUGGUCCUGGAAGGGGUCCAUAUGGUGGUGGUGGCCCCCGUGGACCACGUGCAUUGGCUGAUCUCAGGGCGAAUGACCAUAGUUCUCUUCCUGCAUGUGGAUCCUGCUGUGGAGGCUAAACACGAGUACAUUUUUGUGGUUCAUUUUUCACUUGUUGGAACAGACUUCCUGCUUUUCUGUAUCAAGACUCAGUGUGUUUGAAAUGGCUCUGCCUGUUACAGCAACAUGUAAUUUAGGCAAUGGAUGCAUACAUGUUAUGGUUUUUGAUCUUAUAUGGAGUAUUUCUAGUAUAAAAUUCUACUACAACUUGGAUCCUGCACAGCAAGCUUGAUUUGUUGAAAAUUUGGUGUAAUGUGGAGUAUUUCUAGUAAUGCAAUUCUACAUGCAAGUUAAGAUUCUGAAC